AUGACCUUUCGGACUUGGAGUCUCUUUCGAAAAGCAUUUCCCGAAGAUGUUGAUCGCCACUCUACCUUUCAUGUGUAUGACAGGGAAUCCGAAGGUCUCUUAUCCCCUGUCGUCGAUCGCUUGGUCAAGCUCGACGGCGACAUGCUGACGUUCCUCCGUAUCCGAAUCGUCGACAUGACAAUUGACCAACUCGUUUCUCUCAAUACUAUCAACACGCUUGCGGUUCUUACAAUAGAGAUUGGAAGGAACGAUCGACUUGGAAAGUAUCGCGAAACACUGACUGUCCAAAGGCUACGCGACUGGGGUCGAAGCGUCAGCGAAAGUGGUGCUUUUAAAAAGUUGCGAGUACUUCUUAUUGACGGUUGCAACUCAUUACCGACAACUCAUGUCUUAGCGUCCAUCUCCAGCUUCCCCAGCUUGAACAUUGUUGGAAUCUCCGGCCAACCAGAUCCAUCUGAAGAGGAACCUUACUUGGGGAAUUGGCGCCAACAUCCUCAUCUGGAGUAA